AUGCUCGUGGGCGGGGCGCUCUUCUUCGCCGGCGGCGCCAUCACCGGCGCGGCUAUGAACAUCGCCAUGCUCAUCAUUGGGCGCAUGCUGCUCGGCUUCGGCGUCGGCUUCACCAACCAGAUGGCCCCGACGCAGUGGCGCGGCUCCCUUACCGCCGGCUUCCAGAUCUUCCUCGCCCUCGGCGUCCUCAUCGCCAACCUCACAAACUACGCCACCGCGCGCAUCUCCUGGGGCUGGCGCCUCUCCCUGGGCCUCGCCGGCGCGCCGGCUGUGAUCAUCUUCCUGGGCGCCCUCUUCCUCACGGACACCCCCAGCAGCCUCGUCAUGCGCGGCAAGGCCGACGAGGCCCGCGCCGCGCUCGUCCGGGUGCGCGGGGCGGGCGCCGACGUGGACGCGGAGUUCCAGGACAUCGUGCGCGCCGUGGAGGUCGCGCGCGAGAGCGAGGAAGGCGCGUUCCACCGGAUGGCGACGAGGCGCGAGUACCGCCCUCACCUGGUGCUCGCCGUGGCCGUGCCCAUGUUCUUCCAGCUCACCGGCGUCAUCGUGCUCUCCUUCUUCGCGCCGCUGGUGUUCCGCACCGCCGGGUUCGGCAGCAACGCCGCGCUGAUGGGCGCCGUCAUUCUCGGCGGCGUGAACCUGGGGGCGCUCAUGCUCUCCACCCUCGUCAUCGACCGGUACGGCCGCAGGGUGAUGUUCAUGGUCGGCGGCAUCCAGAUGAUCGUUGCCCAGAUAUUCCCGGUGGACAUCCGGUCGGCGGGGCAGGCCAUGAACGUGUCCAUCGGCCUCGGCCUGACGUUCGUGCAGACGCAGUCGUUCCUCCCCAUGCUCUGCAGCUUCAAGUAUGCCACGUUCGCCUACUACGCCGGCUGGGUCGCCGUCAUGACCGUCUUCAUCGCGCUGUUCCUGCCGGAGACCAAGGGCGUGCCGCUCGAGUCCAUGGGCACCGUCUGGGUCAAGCACUGGUACUGGAAGCGCUUCGUGCAGCCGCAAGCAAAAAUCGCGGACUCACUCACCUAG